AUGAAUAGUAGUGAAAGUGUAAUUGGAGUGAAAACCAGAUCCAUGAAUGUAUGUGAAAGAGUGCUUCAACCUAGAAUCAAAAGGGACUAUUGUCACAUUUCUAAAGAAAAGAAAGCUUAACUGAUUCAGACUGUACUGAAACAAAAAUGUAAAAUAAAGAAAGUAAGAUAUUUUCAAUAUGUUAGAUAGCAAAGGAUUUAAAUAUUAACUAUGCAACUGCCAAAACAAUACUUCAUUGUUUUAAAAAAAAAUAAAUAGCCUUUGAUGCAGAUCCUGAAAUCAAGAGGGUGUCUAUUGGUUCAAUGAAGGAAGGUUCAAAACUUUGGGUCUAAAUAAAAGUUAAUGAUUAGAUAAUUAACCAUUAUGAGUAUUUCGAUGAAAUCAAGAGAAUCUAAUGA